AUGGUUAAAUCAAUCCUCCUCCUCAACGGCCCCAACCUCAACCUCCUGGGCACCCGUGAACCCCACAUCUACGGCCACACAACCCUAGCCGACGUCGAAGCUAACAGCCGCGCCCACGCCGCCAAGCACAACGCAACGCUCGACGCCUUCCAAUCGAACCACGAAGGCGCCCUGGUCGACCGCAUCCAGGCGGCGCGCGGCCGCGUCGACGGCAUCAUCAUCAACCCCGGCGCGUACACGCACACGUCGGUCGCCAUCCGCGAUGCGCUGAUGGGUGUCGGGAUCCCGUUCAUCGAACUGCAUGUCAGCAAUGUGCAUGCGCGCGAGCCUUGGAGACAUCACUCGUAUUUCAGUGAUAAGGCGGCGGGCAUUAUUGUUGGGCUGGGGGUUUAUGGGUAUCAGGUCGCUGUGGAGCAUGUCGCGGUGAAUUUUGAGGAGAGGGUUAAGGAGAGUAAGGCAGCUUUGUAA